UUAGUUACAAAGAUGGCGCCGCCCGGAGAUACAAACGUGAGCGUGGAUAAAACUGAAAAACAAACGCAAAAGAAAUCUGCGAAAAGGGAAUUAAACAGGAAAGCGGAGCUUGUAUUGGAAAGUAGAAAACAUGCCAACGAUGUGUUUGAUAUACUGGAAUACCUGCAGUCUGAGAAGGAGGAGGAGGUGGUCUGUGCCAUCAGAGCCUGCAGCAGGAUCUUCAGUGCUUUGUUAGAAAGAGGGGAUCUUUAUGUUGGUCAGCUGCCAAAAGAGGAGGAAACACUGGCUGCUGAUUACAGUGCUGAAGACAAGUACCGGGUGUGGAUGAGGCACCGUUACAGCAGCUGUGUGCAGCAGCUGCUGGAGCUGAUGUGCCAUGAGGAGUACCAAGUCGAGGAAGCAGCACUGUGCGCUCUGAUGAAGUUUGUUGAGAUGGAAGGGAAACGCUCGCUGUUGAAAGUGGAUUGGGACGAACACUACAGCUUUCCCAGGGAGCUUCUGAAAUCUGUGGUGGAGCACUUGCUUUCCCUGGAAAAGGACAUGUCCCUCCUGAUCUCCAGAUUCCAGGAAUACCUUGAGUUUGAGGACAUCCGGUACUACGUCAUGGCAUCUGUGAAUGAAAAUGUGGCCAAAGUUAUGCAGAAAACUAAAGAGGCGCUGUUGCCAGUGUAUCAAAACAAUGUCUUUGCUCUGCUGUCAAACAUCAAUAUGCCCAGCAAAGAAAGCGAAAUGACCAACUUCCAGGUGAAACAGGCAGCUAAACAUGAAGAAUGGAAAGCAGCAAAACUAAAAGAACACAAGCGUGCCUUUGAAAGGAUGUGGCUUGGUUUUCUUAAACACAAGUUGCCGAGCAGCAUGUAUAAAAAGGUCCUGGUUAUUCUACAUGACUCCAUUCUGCCACACAUGAGCAAACCAACCCUGAUGAUUGAUUUCCUAACUGCCGCCUACGACGUUGGUGGAGCCAUCAGCCUGCUUGCCUUGAAUGGACUAUUCAUUCUCAUUCAUCAACACAACCUGGACUACCCUGAUUUCUACAAGAAGCUCUACAGUCUGUUGGAGCCCUCCAUAUUCCAUGUGAAGUACAGGGCUCGCUUCUUCCACCUGGCUGACCUCUUCUUGAGUUCCAGUCAUUUGCCGGUAUACCUGGUCGCUGCAUUUGCCAAGAGGCUGUCCCGACUGGCUCUUACUGCUCCUCCACAAGCCCUGCUGAUGGUCAUCCCCUUCAUCUGCAACCUGAUCCGCCAACACCCCAGCUGUCGAGUGCUCAUCCACAGACCCAGCGCAGCAGAAGAUCCUUCUGAAGACCCUUACAUCAUGGAAGAGGAGGACCCUGCCAAGUGCUGUGCUCUGGAGAGCUCCCUGUGGGAGUUGCAGAGCCUGCAGAAACAUUACCACCCGAAUGUGGCAAAAGCAGCCUCUGUUGUCAGCAAGCCGCUGUGCCAACAAGAAGUGGACAUCAACCAGCUGCUGGAGGUUUCAGCCUUUGAGAUCUUUGAAAAGGAAUUGAAGAAUAAAGCAAAGACUAUCCCUCUGGAGUUCGAGCAGGCCCACACAUUGCUUGGAAGGAAUGAUGAAGUUGUAGGAUUGCACUUUGCGUUGGAAUAGUCAUCCUAAAAGGAAUAGUAUCUUUGUUCCACAUCUAAAAUAACUGCACUUUCGUGCUUCCUGUAGUAUUUCCAGAUUGUGUAAUACCUUGCCAAUAAAUACAUUUUCCUAGUA